AUGAAGCAGCUGCACGAGACCUAUGCCUCUUUGCUUCAAGGCAAGCAGUUCGCCUACGAUGGCGACAAAAGCCUCUUCACCUCUGGGCCUCUCCCAUUUGCCUCCAAUGUUUUUGAUGUUGUCGUAGACGGCGAUGCUUCGUCCAGAAAGAUUGCAACGAGCCAGAGUCCAGGAGGAGUUGGCAGCCCAGGGCCAAGUGACAAGAAAAGAAUGAAACGGGCAGGACUUGACAAAAGGAUCAAGGUGGGUAUUACCUUCACAGCAAAGGUUCCGAUCAGUGCCAUUGGCCAUGUCCUUGGUGGUGGUCAGGACACUGAGAACUCGCAGGAAGUUCUUCGGGUUCUUGACAUCAUUCUGAGGCAGAACGCUGCAAGACAGAAUUGCCUCUUAGUCCGACAGUCUUUUUUUCGUAGAGAUUCUGAUUACGUCAAGUUGGGUGGCCGUGUUCUCGGUUGUCAGGGUUUUCAUUCUAGUGUUCGACCCACUCAAAGUGGGCUUUUACUCAAUGUUGAUUUAUCCACCACCAUGGUAGUGGAGCCUGGGCCGGUGAUUGUUUUUCUGCUCUCCAACCAGGGUGUCACGGACACUUCUAGCAUUGACUGGGGCAAAGCUAAACGGGCGCUGAAUAAAUUAAGGAUUGAAACCACUCACACGAAGGCGGAAUUUAGGAUUGUCGGAUUGUCUGAAAACAGUUGCUAUAACCAGACGUUCCCACUAAAGCAAAAAGAUGGCAACGGCACUGUGGAUGUAACUGUCUAUGAUUACUUCAUGGACCGUUGGUCGAUGAAGCUGGAGAAGUCUGCUCAUAUGCCAUGUCUAAAUGUGGGGAAGCCAAACCGCCCAACAUACCUCCCGCUGGAGGUUUGCCGUCUAGUGCCAUUGCAAAGGUAUAAAAGGUCUCUGUCCACGUUGCAAAGGUCAAAGCUGGUGGAGGCAUCCAGGCAGAGGCCGGAUCAGAGGAUGUCGAAGUUGCAUGGUGAGUUGCGUGCCAAUGAUUAUGAUUCCGAGCCAAUGAUGAGGGAAUGCGGCAUAUCAAUAGUUCUAGACUUUACCCAGGUUCAGGGUAGAGUCCUUGAGGCACCACAGUUAAGCGUUGCAGAUGGUAGACAACUAUACACACCUAAUGGGAGAUGGAACUUCAAUAAAGACGGGUUUAUUCAGCCGAUUGAGUUUACGAAGAUCUGGGGAGUCGUUAAUUUUUCUACACGGCGUGAUGUUGAAGAUCUUGUUUUUCGCCUUUUCCAAUGUGGUGACAAGAAGGGAAUUAAAAUGGACAAAUAUACAGCUGUAAUUUAG